UGAAUUGAACGACGAUGGAGAAUGGGAUUUCAUUCACCUAAGGUUAGAGAUCCUGCUCAGGAUCCUCGCCAACGAGGAGGAUUAUCCCGUGAAUCAAGAGGAAGUAAAAACCGCCAAGUUCAUUGAUCAAAAAAUUGACCGUCUCUGAAUGUGCCAGAGACUUAUUUGUGCCUCUCGCAUGAAUUCUCACGCGACUUCAGGAACACACACUACAGAUUAUCAGCCAUGCAUGCAUUGAUUAUUGACCCAUCAAAAAUCAUCGAGUUCCAUUUAUUGAGACUUGGCCAUUUUUUUUGUCGCCGCCGUCCUUUUAAACUCAAUGAUCAUCAUCCGCUCUUCAUCAGGACGUGAGCCAUGAACCUUGAUAGAUGAAAAAUGAUUGCUACGUUAUGGACUGUAUUGUGGCAGUACGUGGUAUUGUAUUCGCCGUGUCUCUUGCCUGUCCAGAAUCUCAUCCAUGGGCACUGGCAAAUGGAACGCGUUGUUGUCAACGAUUUUAUCGCGCCAACGAUUUCACCCACGAUUUGGAUUGGUAUGACCCUGAGUCACUUUGCUUUGGAGGCAAUGUGAUACCUUGCCCGAGUUUUGGUCACUACCAGUCAUUAUGCCGAACCAAUCUCAAAUUCAAAGAUCCCGUUCAGUGUCCUAUUACGCAUCCGAUUACAAUGAGAAAUGCUUGUUGCAAGAACUACCAACAAGUAGAAGAAGGCAAUUGCGAUGGCACCUUGAUUGAAACUGAUGACGAUCCCACUUGCUGUCGAAGUGAUCACUUGUUCCAAACACAACAAUGCAAGGACCUCAAACAAAGGUGCUUGGCACCUGCCCCAGCUGAUUCCAGGACCUAUUGUCCACCCAAUCCGGAGGUGCACCGUGUAAACGGCCAGAACUACGCUUUGAUUUCGACCGCAAAUAUAACACCACAGGACACAAUGAAAAAGAUUUGCCAAAACGCAGCGGGACGCCUUAUGACCAUCACGUCUGAAAAGCUGAUUCAUGCGAUUGACCUUUUGGAGAAUGGAUUUACGGAUGCUCAAAUUCCACGAGGAGAAAUACGUCGUUAUGUAGUUGGAGCAAAGAAGAAAACGACAAAUUCCAAAUGCUUCGAAGAAAAUCAAUGCCAAGGCAAAGUACUCGAUAUCAUUACUGGUGAUGUGAUCGUCUUUGACGAUGAGCUUAGCAACCUUAUAACUUCCUUCGAUGUUAAGAAUGUUGACAACUUCAUAGCGUUCAACAUCAGACUGGAUACAAAACAUGUGGAGAUGGUAAAUACAGCGCUGACCCAGUAUCACAAUGGAUACUUCAUUUGCGAAGUUGAUUGCCUUCUUGUUUAAACCUUGAAAUAAAGCAUGGUAUCGAGUGAAAUUUUCAAGAUGGACA